ACCACCGACAUCUCUCCCUCCAUGGAUUCUCCCUUCCAAACACCAAGUGUAUUCAACUGCCAUUACAUCGACCAAGACCCAUUCGCUGAGAUUUCAGAGUUGCCACCUCUUUGCUUCUCCGAGUUCUGUAGCUUCAAUUCUGUGUUCGAGGGUUUUGAUAUUGUUUCCGAUGAGUUUUUCUCAUUCAACGAGGCUACUCAGCCGCUGCCACCCUUACCACCACCGCCGCUUGUUUACGAAGAUAUGGCGAUCAACGUAAAGCCGUUGAGGAGUUCUGUUUCGGAUGAUUCAGGGCACACUGAAACUGCUAUCGGAAGUAGUGGUUCGAGUUGGAGGGAGAAGGAAGAGGAGAGGAGGGGGAGUACUGGGAGGAGGAGGGCUGGUCAACUGGAAUUGGAAGAGAUUCAGAAGUACUUUGAUGUUCCGAUUUGUAGAGCUGCGAAGGAGAUGAAUGUAGGGCUUACGCUGUUGAAGAGAAGAUGCAGGGAACUCAAUAUCAUGAGAUGGCCACACAGGAAGAUCAAGAGCUUAAAAACUCUAAUCCACAACGUUAAGGAGAUGGGAUUGGCUGGAGAGAUAGUGAAGUUGGAGGAGCACAAGCGGAUUCUCGAACAAGUGCCAGACAUGGUGCUGAGUGAGAAAACAAAAAAGUUGAGACAGGCUUGUUUCAAGGCCAAUUACAAGAAAAGGAUGUGUUUGGCUGCUUCUACUACUACUUGACUCUAUUGUCAACCCAAUAUUUUAGUCAUGUGUAAUAUUUCCUUCUUGAUAUACACGCAACAGACCACACUACAAUAAAGCACAUUAUGGUAG